GUUACUCGAAGUUUCGUGCACUGACUCUAGCGCGGCGUGGUCGGUGACUGGUCUGUCGGCACAUGCGAUGGCAGCAUCGCUCGAGCCUUCGCAACUCGUCGUCACCAUCGUCAAGAUAUGCUGCCAAGUGUUGUCGUCGUGUGGCGCGCUGUUCAUGCUCCUGUCGCUGCGGAAUAGCCCGACCACCUCGUCCAAGAUCCUGUGCUUCACCGCCAUGUCCGACUUCAUCUUUUCCACAACAGGCGCCCUCUUCACGAUAGCCCGUGUCCUGGACGUAUCCAACUGGGCAAUCCACAUCUUCCUUGGCGCCCCGCACUGGAGCUUUGAGAUCUCGUCGUUCCUGUGGACCGCGACACUCGUCUUGUACAUCUUGUCGCGGCAAGCGCGCCACCCGUCGUUUGAGAUCGCGUACGCCCAUGCCGUCGUGUGGACAUGCGUCAUGCUAUACAUGGCCCUUGAGUCGUACGCGUUGCUGUGUACCAUCGAGCAACUGAACAAACUGGCGCGCAUCAUUUGGGACGCGUUCGCCGUGGUCACUCUCGUCACUGUGUCGUACGGGCUGUGCGCCGUGCGUGCCCACAAACUUCGCACGGGCCAACUCGGUCAAUCCAUUAUCCUUGGCAAGUUGGUCGGGUACAUGCUGCUUUUCGUCGGUUGCGUCACCCCCAACAUCACGAACGACGUGUUGUCGCUGGCGCUACCGCCAUCGUCCAGUCCCGACACGAACGCGACAUCCGCCGCCGCCUCGGAAGACUCGAUUCCGGCCGACUUGUUCGGCCAAAUUGCGAGCGUGCUAUUUGCAUUGUGGCCGCUCGGGACGUCCCUUGUGUACUCGAGUCGGCUGCCGUGGUGUUCGCCGUUAUCGAAACAACCGUCGAAUCUGAGCCACCGCCAUCAUCUCCAUCUAAUGCUAGGGCCGCAAGCCGCCCAGUCGAGCCGAAACCUGCCGCCUCCCAAGGAGCUCGUCGGUCUCGAGAUCGGGCCGCAGAUCGGACAGGGGAUCGCAGUCGUGUACAAAGGCACGUGGCGCGGCGCGGUCGUCGCGGUCAAGAUGAAAACGCUGUUUGUCGACGACGACGCCCUCGCGGACGCCGCGUUUGUGCAUGAAUGCAACCAGGAAAUCCAAGAGGAAGCGCUCGUGAUGAAGCGGUUGACGCAUCCAAACAUUGUGUUGUUCAUGGAGGCCGGGUUCUACCAUGGGUCGAUUUGCAUUGUCAGCGAGUACUGCGCGCGCGGGUCGCUACGCGACGUCCUGCGGUCGCCGCUGCUGUGGCCGAUGAAGAUUCGCCUCGCGCUCGGACUCGCGUACGGCCUUCAGUACUUGCACAAUUCGCGCAUGAUUCAUCGCGACCUCAAGAGCCCCAACAUCCUUGUCGACGAAACGUGGCACGCCAAAAUUGCCGACUUUGGAACGCUCCGCCUCGCCGAGAUCGUCCGGAACCAGAACCCACAGAUCAAGUCGGUCGAGAUGACCGGCCUCGUCGGGACGACGCGGUGGAUGGCGCCCGAAGUGAUUCAAAGCAAGAAGCUGUACACGGAAAAGAUUGACAUUUACUCGCUGGGGGUGAUUCUGUGGGAAAUGAUCGACGGCAAGGAGCUUCCGUACGAACAACUCCGGUGGAACCACGAAAUCGAGCGCGCCAUCUUGGACGGGAAGCGUCCGUCCAUCGCGCCACACUCAUGUCCGCCGCGAUGGAAGGUCCUGAUCCACCUGUGCUGGCACGUCGAGCCCACCGAGCGCCCGACCAUCGGCGAACUCAUUCGGUCCCUCCAACGCGUCGCCACCGAAGACAUCAAGGACAUUCGCCAUCCCCACGUCCCAUUUGUCGGCAACUUGCAACAAAUGGACUGCGACUACAUCUUAAAGUACACGCGGUGCGACGUCGACUACGACAACCAACACAUGUACGCGACCAACAGCAGCAGCGUCAACACAAUCGCCCUCCUCGAGGACACGAGCAGCAGCAGCAUGGCGAGCCAGUCCGCCAUGUACACCAUGUAACGAAGUCGUCGGCCCGCCGACCGUAUUUUUAUGAACACGGCGCCCCCGUUGGCCGCCGACGGUGUGGCUGGUUUUGGACGGGUCGAU